AUGGUCAAAAUAGCUAAGAUAGUGGUAUGCGGCGCCUCUCAGGUCGGCAAAACUGCGAUUAUCGAACAUUUAAUUUAUGGAAAUCAUGUGAUCGGCCCACGAGAAUUUGAUGUAAUUCCUACAAUUGAGGACACAUACUCUGCCUUGAUUGAUUCAGAUCGAGGUACUAAAGAAAAAACACGAAUAUACGAUAUUGGCGGUCAUAACCGUUUUAUUGAGCGCCAUUUUAUUAACUGCGCAGAUGCAAUUAUAUUGGUUUAUGAUGUUAGUAAUGCAGAAUCUCUUAGUUACGCACAAGGAUUGAAAAUAGAAAUUGACAAAUCUAAGGAAAAAAGAGAUAUUCUUUUUGUUCUUUGUGGAAAUAAAAAUGACAAGAUUAAAGACGAAAAGAUCGACAGUAAGGAUAUUGCGCAGUGGAUAUUACGUGAUAAAAGUACUUUAUUUUAUUUUAUUUAUGUGAUUUUUAUCUAUUUGCUGCUCUUUAAAUGUUUUUGCUUAAUAGUGAACCAUUUUGAACUUAAUGUAAAAGAUCGGCUAGCUCUGGCCAAUAUGUUUUGUUGGAUUGUUUCUCGUAUUGUCCAGCCAUCAAAAACAUUGCUUUAUUAUACAUCUGAAGUCUAG